AUCACGGUACCAAAAUUGCGUAAUCGGCAAUGUAGGUGAAUUGCUGUCUGAGGCCGAGCGAUGGAUUUUAGGAAGAGUCAUGCAGGAGGGGGCUAUGGAUCUGAAUUUGAAUACGACAGUGAAACUGAAAGAAGAAAGAGAUCUCGACAGGAUCUAGCCACCAAACCUGGUCAGAGUACAGUCACAGGUGGACUCCCAUCAAAGCGUCUAGCAGCAUCAGAAUAUGACAGAGAAGAGAGUAAAAACCAGCGGUUCCAUUUUCUUGCCUUAGAUGCCUACAAUCGUCAUAAGCAGCUAGUGAAUGACUACUUGUUAUAUUAUCCAGGGGCCACUAAAGAUCUGUUUCAGAGAGACACGUCAAAGGACAAAACUGAUUUGGAUGUGAUUAGGGAGAACCAUCGUUUCAUAUGGGAUGCGGAGGAUGAGGAGCAAGAAAACUCCUGGGGAAAGAGGCUAGCCAAGAAGUACUGGGAUAAGCUCUUUAAAGAGUACUGCAUCGCUGAUUUGAGUCGAUAUAAAGAAAAUAAGAUUGCAAUGAGAUGGCGAGUGGAGAAGGAGGUAGUAGAGGGCAAAGGUCACUUCACAUGUGGCAAUAAGAAAUGUAACGAGCAGGGAGGAUUAAGAACGUGGGAAGUGAACUUUGCUUACAUGGAACAUGGAGAGAAGAAAAAUGCACUUGUGAAACUAAGACUGUGUGAGGCUUGCUCUUACAAGCUCAACUACCACAAGACAUGCAAGGAGGUCACCAAAAGGUCAUCAAGCUCCAAGCCUCGCAAAGACAGAGAUUCAAAGUCACCUUCUCCUAAGAGACAUAAAAGCAAACUCAAGGACAAACAUAAGGACAGACGUAAGGACAAACACAAGGACAAAUAUGAGGAGAGUAAGCAUGAGAAACAUAGAAGUAAACACCACAAGGAAAGGAGAAAGAGGAGAUCAGAGUCGGAUGAUAGCUUAAGUGAUGAUGAACUUGGACAAAAAAGGACAAAACACAGCUCUAAAGGAGAUGAUACUGACAGAAGUAAUGUAUCUGAGAGUGAGUUCUGGGCUGGCCCUGCUCCUGUAACAGAAGAUAAAUCAAGAGAGGAUGAAUUUGAUGACUAUCUCAAGGAUAUGUUCUUAUGAGCGUUCUCUACAUUGUGAACACUUCAUACACAUGAAUGUGUAUUAAACUCUGAAAUGGUUGGUCUGAUGGGUUUGGAGUGUUUUCUACAGUGUGAAAUAAAUUUCGAUUCACCGCCAUGAUGGUCAGACCGAUGGAUUUGGAGCGUUUUUCUACAGUGUGAACACCUCAUGCACAUGAAUGUCUACUCAACACCAUGGUGGUUAGACUGAUUGGUUUGGAGUGUUUUUCUACAAUGUGAACACCUUAUACACAUAAAUUUCAAUUCAACGCCAUGAUGGUCAGACUGAUGGGUUUGGAGCGUUUUUCUACAGUACAUCUCAUACACAUGAUGUCUACAACACCAUGAUGGUCAGACAGAUGGGUUUGGAGCAUUUUUCUACAGUUUGAACACCUCAUACACAUGAAUGUCUACUCGACACCAUGAUGGUCAGACCCAUGGGUUUGGAGCGUUUUUUCUGUAGGGUGAACACUUUAUAUACAUGAAUGUCUACUCAACUCCAUGGUGGUCAGACCGAUGGGUUAGGAGCAUUUUGUACAGUAUGAACGCCUUAUACACAUGAGGAUACAAAGCGCUGCUAUUAUUACCCGUCUUUAGCUAUGCUGCCCAUAUACUCCCUAAAGUAUAAUUUCUUCCUACCGGGUACCCAUUUACCUAGCCUGGGUUGAGUGCAGCACAAUGUGGGUAAAUUUCUUACGGAAGG